CUUCCACGGAUCUCUGCGGGCCGCAUGGAAGAUUGGAAGCUGAGGCUCGGAGGGGAUAAAGUAAAUUGCCUCUGAGCUGUACCUCACUCUGCCCUGUCCUGUGACUCUGAUUACGGGUCACCCUAGCAACGGCAAAGACUCUUGGAUUUGUAACGCCCAGAAAACCUGUCUUAUCUGUCAGUGCAAGAAAACUUAAGGACAAUGCAGCUGAUUGGCAUAAUUUAAUCCUGAAAUGGGAAACACUCAACGAUGCGGGUUUUACCACUGCAAAUAAUAUUGCCAACCUGAAAAUGAGUUUAUUGAAUAAAGAUAGGCUAGAAUUAGAGAGUAGCAGCGCAGCUCCCAGUGAAAAUGAAGAAAAGAUAUAUCCGGAGUAUAACAAGGAACUGGAGAUGCUGUGUGAAGAACUGCAGGCCACCUUGGCUGGAUUGACCAAAAUACAGGCAAAGAUGGAAAAGCUGUCUUCAACUACCAAGGGAAUUUGUGAACUAGAAGAUUACCAUUAUGGAGAGGAGAGGAAACGACCCCCUUUGUUCCACACGUGGCCCACAGCCCAUUUCUACGAGCUUUCCUGCAAGCUCGCCGACAUGUACAGGAAGGAGCUUCUCCUGAAGCGUGCUGUGGCAGAAGAGCUUGCACACACCGCAGACCACGAUCUCGCCCUUAGCUACCUGUCCAUGUGGCUGCACCAGCCCUACGUGGAGAGUGACAGCAAGCUGCACCUCGAGAGCAUGCUGCUAGAAACAGGUCACCGAGCACUGUGACCUCCCAAGAUGGCUGCCCCGUGAGCUGGGCCUGCAACUCCGCACCACAGGCUCCUUCCAUGACUUCCCAGGUGGACAGUCUCGGUGCCGCACCCCAGGGUCAGACCCUAGGCGCCGGUGUGGCCACCUACCAGCCUUCCGAAGGUCUUCAGGUUGGAUCACGUCACCAGCUUUGCGGCCCCUCCAGGCAUGCCUACGACCCGUGGCCCUACUCUGCUUGGGCCAUCCAACCAUCCAGCCACUGAGAGUCUGUCACUCAUGAGAGCUUCCGAGUGAAAUAAAUGAGUUCCUGAACAGAA